AUGAAGCUGCGGGAAGAGUCGUUUCUCUGGUUCCUCUACCUGGACAAACUCUACUGCCUACUAUCCCUGAAAAAUGUGAAGGCUCUGAUGGAGUAUUUUCGCCUUCUUGACGUGCACCACAGGAACACCUUGAACGACAUACUGUUCUAUCACUUCCUGGCCCACGUGAGUGACCUGAGUAGGAGGCAGAUAAUGUGUGUGUUCGACAUGCUGGACUGGACCGCCACGGGUGAGAUCGGCUUCGACCAGUUCUACACGCUGGUGUGCAUCCUGCUGGCACAGCACAACCAUCUGGAAGAGCAGUUUAUCUUCCGUCACUCCCGCCCCGUGUUUGACCUGCUGGACCUGGACGGGGAGCGGAGGAUUGGCGGGACCAUCUUCCAAACCUACAACUUUCUCUUCAAUAUCAAAAAGCAGAAAUUCGGCGAGAUCUACCACGAUUUCGACGUCACCGGUGACCGGCGUCUUAAUUACAAGGAAUUUAAGCUGUUUACUAUAUUCUUCAUGGACAAAUACCAAAUGAAGCAGAAAGUGGAAGAGAAAAAGAAGCAUAAGAAGAAGAAAAGACUAUUUGCAAAGUCUCAUCUUAAAGACUGUCUAGGGCAAGGGAUGAAGCUUGGCAGCUGA